AUGGCUGCGUCAAUUAAGCAGAAAGUGGACUCGUUUGUGGAAAUUGAUAAUUGUAAUGCUAAUAUUGUUUCUGGCAUUACGGUGGAUAAGAUAUUCAUUGCUGCAAAUUUUCAUAACAACGAGGAUAUAUUACCCAAUUUUAGUGAGCAAUUGUUGGAUCUCCUGCGUAUACUAAAUCCAGAGAAUGUUUAUGUAUCAUUAUUUGAGAACGGCAGUAAAGACAACACAAAAUUCCUACUUCACGCCCUUCGAUCUGAUCUUGACGCCAAAGGCAUACCUAACACUAUUAUCAUAAAUGAUUCACCUAAAAAUGAAACCAACACUGGAAGAAUACCUUAUAUGGCAAGGCUACGAAAUAAAUUAUUGGAACCAUUACUAGAACAGACGGAGAAGGGAAAUAAAUUUGAUUAUAUAUUAUUUUUUAAUGAUGUAAUAUGGACAGCAUCCGACAUUUUGGUGCUUUUGGAAACGAACGAUCGCAAUUAUGAUGCGGCGUGUGCUAUGGAUUUCUAUUGGACUUUCUACGAUACUUUUGCCACACGAGAGCUCCCUUCCUCACGUAUGCGUUAUCCCUGGCCCCCUAAUCCUUACUUUCCCUAUUUUUAUGACAAAGCAGUUCAGCAAAAACUCUACAAUAAUGACCCAGUGCGAGUGUUCAGCUGCUGGAACGGUGUAACGGUCAUGAAUGCUGAACCAUUUGUAAAACACAAUGUGAGAUUUCGGGCACUAUUUAAAGAUAAAGAAUUAAAAUUUGACGCAAGUGAAUGCUGUUUGAUUUAUAGCGAUUUUAGGAAAUUGGGAUAUGAUAAGGUGUUUGUUAAUCCAAAUGUGAGGGUUGCCUAUGAAUACCGUUUUUACCUUUGGUCUAAGUAUAUUUUGCCACUAAUUGAUUUCCUAUUCCAAUAUUUCCACCACCCAACUCCACCAUUAUUACAUUCUGAUAGAGAGAUGCAAAUGCAAGAAAUGAUGAGUGAUUUAAUGAGGUUUAAUGUGGACGAGUUUGAUAAAACAUGCGUUCAAACCUUUUUGUGA